GAGGUCGAGGUUUGCGUUUGAUGGCUGCUGCUGUGUGCUGUGGCCGUUCUGCCGUGACGGGGGUCUGAAGGAUCUGGAAUUUGGCAAUUUCGCAUUUCAACAUCCAAAUAAAUAUAAAGAUUAAAAAUAAAUCGGAUAAAUAAAGUGGAAAGGAAGAUAAAUAAUCACCAAUAAUUCGACGCAAAAGUGGGCAGAGCCGUUGAGACCUUUGAUCGAAAAAGUUUGAAAAUCGUGAAGCGACGAAACUUGAGAACGAAUGUUCUCUACGAAAUCAAAGUUGUUCGUUAAAUUUGUUCGAGUAACAGCAGACAAGCAGUGGCCCGAAAACGGACGAAAAUCGUUACAAUCAACACUUUUUUGACUGAUUUUUGUGAUCAAGUCAACGAAAACCUCCACCAUUCCGCCAAUAACCGAGUGCCGGCCCGCAGGGUGGCGAUCAUUUGAUAAGGGUUCUAUCUGCGAUAGACUGGUAAACCAGUCUGUUGGUGGGUGUCAGAGUAACAGCGGCAACUGGAAGUUGGCCCUGAACGCAGAGCCCCCGUGGCUUUGCUAGCACCCCUAAAGUGAUAUCGUCUUGACCCGCUUCCCCACGAAACUCCUAAUUCUCAUUGACAGCUGCCUCAUUGCUGCCUAGCAUCCGCAGAGUACCGUUUGAAUAAUUCUUCAGAUAAACAAUUUUAAAAAUCCUCAAUCGAACAAUCAUGAAGGUGACAAAUUUGGACGAGCGCAUCCACGUUUUGGAUGGAUCAUCAAGCGUCACGACUGUCAUUCGUGAUAUCGCGACGAGCGGUCUUCAGGAAGAAGCUUUUUACGUUCUUGACAUCGGAGACAUCGUCAACAAGCAUCAAAUAUGGAAGGAGAAAAUGCCGCGCGUUAAUCCUUACUACGCUGUCAAGUGCAACGACAGCCUGAUCGUGCUCGAAGUUCUUGCUGCUCUUGGAACCGGUUUCGAUUGUGCUUCCAAGGUCGAGAUCAACAAAGUGCUUGGAGUUGGAGUGGAUUCUUCAAGAAUCAUAUUCGCGAAUCCGGCAAAGCCAGCCUCCCACAUUCGACAUGCAGCUGCAGUAGGAGUCGACACAAUGACCGUGGACAACGAGAGCGAACUGCACAAGAUAAAGAAAUUGCAUCCGGGGGCUAAAAUCGUGAUCCGCAUACGCUGUGACGCAGAAGUUGCCCAAUGUCAGCUCGGCAUGAAAUUCGGUUGCGAUCCGACUUACGAAGCUCCGAAUCUUCUGCGCUUGUCCCGUAUCCUCGAUCUCGAUGUUGUCGGUGUAAGCUUCCACGUCGGCUCCGGCUGUCAGGAUCCUCCGGUUUUCGAACGCGCCAUACGUCACGCCAGAGUGCUUUUCGAGCUCGCCAAAGACCUUGGCUACAAGCCCUAUAUCCUUGACCUUGGUGGGGGCUAUCCUGGCGACAAGGGCACGAGCAUCGACAAAUAUGCUCAGGUUAUCAACGCAGCUCUCGACGAAUAUUUCGCAUCCGACGACGUUCACAUCAUCGCUGAGCCCGGCCGUUUUUACGUCGCUUCCGCAUUUACCCUUGCAACCAGCAUUCACAGCAAACGCUCCGUUCGCGGGGACAAAAUGUCUCCGAACGCCAUCACUCAUAACAUGUACUACAUCAACGACGGCGUUUACGGAUCCUUCAACUGUCUUCUCUACGAUCAUCAGCACGUGAAACCGAUACCUCUCAAGAAUGGUUGCGGCAAACUCGUGCCAUCGAGCAUCUGGGGUCCGACCUGCGACGGACUUGACCAGGUCGUCGAGAACAUGUUGCUCCACGAGAUGGAACUCGGGGACUGGAUUAUUUUCGAGAACAUGGGUGCUUACACGUUGCCCGUUGCUUCGCCGUUCAACGGAUUUCCAGUUCCGAAGGUUCACGUUGUUGCAGACGAGGGUGUUUGGCUCCUACUGAAAGACGCGCUGCCCCUGACGGAAGAUCAUUUCGUAAUCGACAACACUCCAGCGAAUUUGCGUUUGGGUCUCGACAUCGGAGGGACCGACAUCGAGUGGAGCGAGCCUGCCAUCGACUUGUCAGGCCCCAGCAUUCUGGCUGAUUCUCCGGGCUCAUCGCCGUACAUCUACGAAUUCGUCGAAGUCGAUCCGAUCAACUGAAUCUUAGAGCCCCCCCUUUAUCCGCUCCUAUUUUCCCUUCUCCUUCCUCUCCUAUGGACACGCGCGACGCUCUAUGAACUAAUCGACGGAGCGAGUAUUUGCUGACGAAAGAGAAGGCGAAGGAGGACGAAAAAAAUCCACGCGAGGAAUUGCCACCGGCAACAGCUUCACCGCUUCUUCCUUCGCCGGAUUUUUGGCACGAUUUACUGGCUUUUUAUGUUUUUCCUGGGCUAUAAAAAGGAUAAGAAGAUAACGUAUUUACCGACACUUGGCUCGCUCGCUGACGAUCCGAACGGACAUAACCGGAAAUUCGACAGGAAAGAAGUUCUUGCCUCGAAUUCAAUGAAAAAAAAAUGAAGGAUUCGAUAAACCAAUGACCGAAACGCCAUGGUCUCGUACGAAAAAAAAAAAAACAAACAAUUCGUGGAAUUGAGUUAUUUUGGUGAAACCAUUCGAAAGAAAUAAUCUGAGCACAAUUAUUCCAAUUGACAAAACUACAAACGGACGAAACCGUUGCAUCCAGACGUCGUCUUGAAUUCUACAAAUACAAAAGUAACUUUCAUUACGAAUAAUCGAUAUCGAGAUCAUUUUAAAACGACCAGGAGGUUAACAUUUAGGCGAAAGCCAUGAUCGACACCGAACGACCGCGAACGAAAUAAUCGAUUGCUACGAACGAGUCGUAUUUCGACAAUUUUUUUCUCAAUCUCCGACAUUGAGAAUUAGCAAAGAACAAACAUAUAAAAAGGUACGAAAACAUCUUUUUUUUAAGCUUCGGAAUUUCUUAGCCGCUAAUUUGAUCCGUUGAUUUAAGAUUUAAGCUCGCCGGAGGCUCAAAAUCGAUUCGAAACGUGCUCGCGCUUCGCAGACACGUGAACGGUUAUUGCAUAAUAAUAAUUUUACAAAACCUUAAAAAUUGAAUCGCCUAACCGGAUUCUCGUUUGAAACGUCACUCGUCGAACGAAACUUGAAAUUAGUAGAAAACGAAAAGAAAAUAAAAUAUAAAUCAUUGUUGUCGAAUAGCGUAGUAACACUUCGUAACGAACGAACGAAUAACAAAGAAGAUAAACGAUCGAAAAACAAAUAAUAUUCCCCUUUACGAUAAUUUUUCAAAAAUUUUCAUUAGUUGUGAGAACUUUGAAACUCUGCAGGGUUGCUAGGAACUAUUGAGGCAUUGAGGCAGCUGUCACAAGAUUUAAAACAAAAAAAAACAACAAAAAACAAUUAGUUUCCAUAUUGAUUCAUUGUAUUAUAUAUCGGCUAUUAUUAUUAAUUUUAUUAUUGUUAUUUAAUGUUCAGUAUAAAUUCACAAUUGUAAUGAAUUACACUAGAUCAAUAAACUUGAUUUUACGUGUACAGAAA